AUGAACUUUUUGGAUUUUGUUUAAUAACAAAUAAAUGAAAAGUAGGAUAAAAUUGAAGUAGUCCCAUCUUAAAUCAAAGAAGAAGAGCCUAUUAAUUUAAAUGAGAAUCUUGAUGUUUCAGACAAUGGAAGUUCAUCUGAUGAAGAAUAGUUAUAUGAAGAAUAUUUUAAAGAAAAACCUUCUUUAAAAGCCACUUAUGAUGAAAUUUAUGAGAAAUUGAAAUAAAAUUCCCCUCCUUAAACAGAAUUAGAAAAUGAAUAACUUUAAAUAAUAGCAGAAUUAUAAGCAAAGUUGGUAGUGUAAGAAACUGAAUUGCUAAUUCUUAAAAGACUUCAUUUUGAUCUUAAGAAUAAAUAAUAGCAUUAAGGUAAUAGAAUAGAAUAAUUGUAAAAAGAAAAAGAUGUAAUGACUUAAGUAAACAAUAUAAAUAAAUUAAAAGAUGAAAAUAGGUUAUGAUAAAAAGUUUUAAAAAUUAGAUGAAAAAAGAAAAAUUAUUGAUUAAAAUUAAAGAAUAAUAAAAAAAUUAGCUAUGUCUACAUCAAAUGAUUAUUUAGAGUCGGCAAUUAAAAGAGUGAAUUAAUAAGUUAAAAUAAAUGAGUAAAUAUUCUAAAUAUUUAUAAAUUUAGUAAAGUUUAAAUUUUGAAGGAACAACCAUUAAAAGAAAAUCCAUAAAUAAGAAAAUUAUCCAGCCAAAAAUAAGUAAAUAGUUUUAGAAAUAAUAAAAAAUGA